AUGGUCUUAGUGGCAAAUAUGAGCCUGAAAAUGGGAACUGGUAAAUUGGCAGCUCAAGUAGGGCAUGCUACACUCGGAGUAUAUCGGCAGGCGAUGAACUCUGAGGCUGGCCGUGAAGCAGUAGAGGCGUGGACACGUCGUAUGGGCAGGGUUGUUCUGUCAUUGUGUAACAACGCCGGUUACACGCAGAUACCACCUGGAUCGCGAACAGUUUUGGGAAUAUUCGGCACAGUCGAACAGGUGGACGCAGUCACUGGUGGUCUGAAACUUCUAUGA